GGGAGAGUGGGGGUGAAAAUGGCAUUUCCUAGAAGCUCUGAAAAGCCAACGGUGGAACUCCAGCCCUCCACUUCUGCUUUAUCUUAAGGGCUUUUACUGCUGCUCAGCUGGAGCUCUGCAUAGUACAUAUAAGCUCCUAAUCCUCUUCACCACCACCACCACCGCCGUCGGGAUGGAGAAGCGUUAUGUCUUGCUCGUGACUCUGGUCUGCAUGAGCCUGGCUCUGACCCUCCUGGUCGUGCAGUGGCGUCACAUCCGGUCAGUGACUGUCGAGCUGAUGGAUCUGGAACGCAGGGUCAGAGCUCUGCAGAAGGGGCAGGAGUGGUGGCAGGAGGGGAUCUGCUGCCCCUCAGGCACGUGCUGCGGGUGUCAGGUGUGGGAGAAUUCAGCAUUUGGAGGCAGUAGAGGAAAGAGAGAUGUUUCAUCUCCAAGGAAAAUCAGACAGAAAAGGCAGACAGAGCGGCGCUCCUUUCUGCACCUGAUUCCUGCCUCCGCACACUCGAACGAUGAACGUGAUUUGACGGUUCUCACCUGGGCGCUUGGGCAGAGCCAAGGGGCGGGGCUACAGGCAUCUGGGGAAACCAUCACUGUUGUAACUGAGGGCAACUACUUUAUUUACAGCCAGGUGCUGUACAAGGACGCCACCUGGGUGAUGGGACACAUGAUCACCAAGCGGCUGAAGGGGGCGGAGACAAAACUGAUGAAAUGUCUAAAGAGCAUGCCGAGUAACGACAGCGUCAACACGUGCUACACUGCAGGCGUCCACUUCCUGGAGUCCGGAUCAGUUCUUGAGCUCUCCAUCCCUCGCAAAUCUGCUGAACUCAUCCUCGUUGCUCACGCCACGUUCCUGGGGAUCUUCAGUAUCUGAGCUCUCUGCUUUCCCUCUCUCGUGUCUUUAUUUAGAAACCUCACUAUACUAUGUUGGCUAAAGCCCUGCUGGAGCUGGAUCAGUGUUAUUAGAGUAGGUCGGGUGAUGUCAUUUGUAAAGGAUUCGACAGGCCGAUUUGGAUAGGAUAAAGUAUCUGUGUAAUUUCCCCAAACUGGCUCAGAUAGCAUGGAUCGAAACGCUCAGUUUAGCGUUAAAAUUGUGAUUAAACAGUGAUUUCAGACACCAAAAACAAAUGUCCAGUUAAUAUCAGAUGGAAUAGCACUAACAAAUGCUGCCUAACACUACAGAAAUCGCUCUGCCCUGCGAGAGGAAGCUUUAGAUAUUUCAUUUUCAUUCUUCUAAUAAACCCAUCAGCAAUUUUUUUGAUUACGGUCAUCCUGUGCUGAGCUUGAGGAUAAAGGAACUGCGCAAAGAGCUCCAUGUUAGCGGUUAGCUUCGUCUCCUAGUCAGCAAAAAACAGAGGUGCUGACAGUUUACAGCCAAAAAAAUGUUAAACUCACACAAAAAUGCAUGAAAAAAUACUUCAAAACCAGUUAAUUUUAACCUUAAUAUGAAAUUGUACAGCAUUUAACAUGAAAUCAGUAAUGAGCUUCUUACAUUAUGUUAUCUGCCGUUUUGAAAAUUUGCAGAUAAGCAUUUAAGAUGGUGCUGGAGUGACACAAUUGGCCUUUCAAACACACAAGCGCAAUUUCUUAUCACUGCUAUAAAGAACCAAAAGCUUUUUUAUGAUCCCUGUCAAAACUUUAGGAAACACCUGGACAAAGAAACUCUUCCAGUGAAAUACUUACGUGAUUAGAUUUGAAUGUGUUUCUUAUUUUCAAACUUGCAGAGCUCACACAAACUCAGUGAUGCUUUCAGAGUAUUAACAUUUUUCAAUGUGUUAUAUAUGAUAGGACCCAUGCAGUCAGAGAGGCCAAUGAAUAGCAGCGAUAUUGUAACUAUUCCUCAUACAGAUUUUUUAAAAACCGGUUUACCUUUAUAGGCUCAGCUUAACUGCUUCAGUAUUCUACAAAAGCAGAACCAUGUACAGCCAGUAAAGCAGAGUAAACUGGGUUAUCUGUGCGUGUCCAGCCUGAAUGCAUAUCCAUUUACCAGCUAAGGUCAGUCGUGAACAAUGCAGAUGGGCAGUGGCUGAAAUGUAUGCCAAUCAAAGUGUUGAUAACUGAUCGGACGUGUGGGCCUGUUCAGAUUCCAGCUGCAUUAUUAAGUAGCACAGUUUAUUCAUUUGAAAUACUUUUAAAAACCCACCAAAAUCAUGACAGACCAGCCCAAACUUAUGUCCACCCACCAAAGCGCUUCCCCCCCUGCCAAAUCCAACCAGAUCCACCCAAUCUGGCAACCUUGUGUGAUGUAUGUUAGCAGGAUUGGCUAUAACAACGACUGACGUGGCAGAUCCAUACUGGAUUAAAACCACAGAUCUCGUGAGUAACCGCUCAAGCUACAGCACCUCCCAAGUCAGACUCACCAGCUCCAGCAGGGCUCAUGUGGGCCUUCAGUAACGUCAGCAGAGCUGAUUUCACAAUGCAGGGUUUUACAGUAUAGCUAUAGUGACCAAACUGCACAGAGACGUAACUAACCAAUCAUAAUGAAACUAAACACAAAAAAAAAAUCAGUGACUAUAUAUAGAAGGGGAAAUCCACUGAUUUUUCAAAAUUUCUACAUACUUCGCUCGUUGAAAUUGAGA